CCCUUAAAAUGCUGAUUAAUUUCUCAUCCCAAACCCCCAAACUUCAUACGUAUAUAUAAAUACCCCCACAAAAUCGUCUCCCUUCAUCCACACUCCAACACUACAGCCACAAUGGCCAAAACCCUGACAAUGCUCAAGCUCACAACUAGUCUCUCCGUCGUCGUCUUGUUACUCCUCGCCCUACAUUCCCAACGUGCCGCAUCAUAUAAAGAGAACGAGGACGAAGACGAAGAGUACGUGCUCGAUUCGGUCUUCGCAAACUCUAGUGUGCGAAGAAGCAGAUUUUUGGCGUCCAGCGUGAAAAAGAUCAAAAAAGGAACGAGUUGCGAUGCGAAAACUAACCCUUAUGUGUGCAAUGGGGUGUCGGCGAACAACGGGAGCAGUCUCCUUUACUGCUGCAAGAAGCAUUGCCGGAAUGUGCUCGGAGACCGGAACAACUGCGGGAUUUGCGGGCGCAAGUGCGGGCUGGGGGAGCGGUGCUGCGGCGGAGUUUGCACCAAUGUGCUGUGGAGCACGGCCAACUGUGGGAAGUGCAAUAAGAGGUGCCCUGGUGGGGUUAGGUGUGAGUACGGGUACUGUGGGUAUGCAUGACAAGACAUGAGAAGAAGGAGGUAUAAAAUAUUAUUCUUUUGGGGAGAGGUUGUGUUUGUAAAGUGCGAUUUAAGUUUUUGGUUUCAUACAGAUUAUGAUACACAUUAGAUUUUGCGUUCAUGUCCCAUGUGUACCUCACACAGGAGAUAUAAUUAAUGUAAUCCAUUUUUUACUCCCUGAA